AUGUUGUCGUCCUCCAUGAGCAGUGCAUGUGAUAGGAUGCUUGCGAAUUGGGCUCUGUUGUGCAUUUACGAGGUUGCAAGACUAAUCAAGGAUUUGGUAAAUCGGGCUUUUGAGGAAGCAUUAAAGGAUGCGCAGCUGAUAGAGAAUAUUGCACAAAAAUCCCAGGAGCAAUCGUGUCAAAGAUGCCCUUCUCAUUUUGUCCCACUCCCACCUUCUGCUGGGAGUGGGAAAGCAAAGAAGGGUUCUAAAGGUGGUGCGGCUGCCGAUGCUCCAAAGGAAUCAACCCUUAGCAAAGAAGUCAAAUCCACCACGGUUGUUGGUGCCAAUAUUCUCAAGGAUGGAGCAGACCCGAAGAUCUUGCCAGACUCGGAGUAUCGUGAAUGGCUGUCACACCUGCUUGAUAAACGCCCGGCACUAAGUGAGCUAAGAAGGAAAGACCUGGAAACUCUUCCUUACGAGGACCUAAAACGUUUUGUCAAACUGGACAAUCGAGCAAGGAUCAAGGAAAAUAAUUCCAUCAAAGCCAAGAACUGAGGUUACUGAGCUGAGCUGCUGCUGUUUACAAAAGGUCCAUGUACCGUACUCCUGUUAGAGAUUUAAAGUCGUUCAUCUCAACAGAGGUUUCCCCUGUUGGUAGUUUGUUUGGGUUUUGCGUUUAUCCUGAUGCUGUUCAAACUUUGAUAAGGUCUGCCGGAGUAAAUAACUCUGCAAGUUACUGCAGCAAAUCUGGUUAUGACUCUUAAAGCGACAAUUUUUCUCUAUUUCUACCCAAAAAAAAAAAAAAAAAACUUCUCAGAGAAUGCAGAACGGUUCCGUCAUUUGCUAAUAAAUGGUGGAAACCAUUUAGAUGAUUCAAAUAAAUUUGUUUUGAAAUAUUUCGAUCUUUGAAAA